CCUCCUCUCCACUCCACCGACCGUCGUCCUUGCGCACCAGUGCCACAGUACUUGCGUCGUAGCAGCCUUGCGUGUUCACAGAGCGACCCCACUACCAACCAGUUCCCGUUAUUGGUGUAGUCCGCCUUGAUACCUGAUGCGGCAACAGUUGUUCCUCGCUCAUUGUCCGUCUUAGUCUCUUACCAUCCAUUCAUCUUUCUCACGUCUCCCCCCUACGUCAACUCCGUUGUGUGCGACAGUUCUCCCGUUUUUCUCUCGCACGGGUCUUAUCCGCACGCUUGAUAAAGGCGGCAGUGUCAAGGUCGGAGUGCGUGCGAAGAAGCAAAGAGCGAAUGUCAAAGACGCUUUAGUGCAGUGCUGCACGAGUGAAGGGAUUGUUUGGGUCUCUUCUCCUCUCUUUCUUUCUUUCCCGCCUGACCGUCAUCAUUUCUGUCGAAAUAUGUCCAUCAUCGUUGAGUGCUUUCGCCGUCUGACGGAUGGAUCGUCCUGCAAAAGCGAGCUCAGAGGAUAUAAAGUGACAGAUGUAAAUCGUACGCGGAAAAUUGGUAUCGCCUGUAAAAAUUUUCAAGACCUUAAGCGAAAAGCGUGUUCGAAAUUAAAUAUAACUAAUGAUCCAGCAGAAGUGAAUGUCUUUCUCUUGGAUGGAUCAUUAAUCGAUGAGGAAUAUUUUCACACAUUGGAGCCACAGACUACUCUGAUCUUACAGAAGCCAGGAGAGAAAGUAUUAUCUGACGCAGACAUUCUCUACGAUGCGCUGAGACGCGUGAACAUUGAUUUCCUCACUGCCGGCGACAAAGUGACGCAAUUCCUGACGGAAAAUCUUAAGGCAAAGGUCGCUUUAUUGAACAAAGUGUUGAACAAAGAUGACUCCAAGACGGUACUUAGCGCAAGAGACGAGCAUCCGGAGUGGUUUAAAGAUUUGGAAACUAAUUGCACGACCAAAGAAGCGUAUAUGCAUCGCAGGUGUCAAGACAGGAUACGCACUUAUCUAUAUAAGACAAUCGAGCAAAUAAGAUGCUCGGACGUGUACAUGAACAAUCGCAAGGCGAGGCAGCAGCUUUUGCGUACGAUAGCGUUUUUCAAAAUUCAGCUCAAGGAAGAUCAUUAUUUUGGAUAUUAUUUUGAUAGAAGCAGAGCGGAGACUGGAAACUCUAAGGAUAACAGUGACGAGACCGAUUCUAGUCCAUGUUACGAGCAUUGUCCUUGCAAUUUUGGUCAUAUCAGCGACGAAACGUAUCUGCAUCAACGGUACCUUCGUCUUCCUCAAUUGUCCGAUACGAGCACGACUAUCCUCGAUUCAACCAAGACCGACGAGACGGAUGCGAGGAGACUCGUCGAGUCCGAGAUAAACGCGAACGAUGACAUAUUGGAAAGUUGUCCCUAUCAUGUGAAACCCCGAGGAAAGCAAGUUGCCAUUUGUGAUGAGAAAGGCGAGUUUAAAUGCGAGGGCCGGUGGAACGCGAACGGCUGCGCCUACAGUGACCGACACAGAAUCAAUCCAUAUAAAUCCAGGGAGGAGCUCGCUCUAUUCUCCACAUGGAAUUUGGAUCACAAAAUUGAAAGGUCCAGGACACUCGUUCCGAGAUUACUACAGCUCUCGCAGCAGGACACGAUCAACGAACAGGAUAUCUACGACUGUUACGACAAUCUGUUUACCGUGAAGAAUUUAAGGCUAGUUCAUAUCGUAUGCCACGAUAAAGGAUCGCACAAAUAAGCUUCGAUUCUGGAGCUGUUAUAUAUAUAUAUAUUACGUUAGUAAAAAUAUGAUCAUGAAAGCCAAAAUGUAAUCGUACAAGAGUGCGAGAUGAUGUAUACAGAUACAUCGUAGAACAGAUCUCCUCAUUAUAGAUCUCUACAAAUAAGUAUGUUUAAGUGCUGUUGAUAAAGUAUAGAUUUAGAGAUUAUUAAUGUUAUACAAUAUCGGUUAUACUUCCAUUGCGGCAUGAAAUACUAAGCAAUAAUGUUAAUAAAAUGUUAUAAAAUGUCCUCUAAAGCUUAAAAUAUUGUAAUUUAUAUCGCGACUUUUUGUCUCUGAAAUAGAAAAUUUAGUUUCUGGGGCCAUUGAUGCUAACAUGAUAAUUACAAAUUUUGAACAUUCUGACGAUUAUUUUAUAUAAUAUGGAAGAAGGAACGUUGAAUAAAAAAAACUACGCUCAUUUUAAAAUAUCAUUUGACAAUGAGUGUCAAUUAUAGUAGAAGAUUUAAAAACAUAAAUGUUAAAAAAAUAAUUUAUUGUAUAAAGAAAAAGAAUUGAAAAUUUAUAUGAAAAAUAUCAUAACAACGUCUUCUCAAGUAAUUAUGAUACGUUACUUUGAUGAUUCCGACUGAAAAAUUAUUUAUUUUAUAUAUACAUAUAUUAGUAUAAUGCCUUCGAAGACAAUCUCCUUGAUCAUAUCAUUCUAGCAUGUUUUUUUUUUAUCCACAAGAUUAUAAUGACCUUUUUAUUUAAAUAUGUUAUUUGUAUAAAUCAAUUAUACGAAUACAGGGUUGCAUAAGUCACACGCAAUGGAAGAACCGUAAUUUAUUCCAGCAUCUAUAAAGGUUGCCAAAAUAAAAAAAAAACUGUUGUUUUGGAUAUAUCGUUAAGCAUUGAGUAUAUUCAGUGCUUGUAGAUAAAGAAGGGGUUAAAAGGAGCUAAAUUACUAAGAAACCUAGGAGCAAAAAAGUCCUCCUUCAGGAUCAUGUCAGAUCACGGAAACUAAGUCUAGCUCUCUGUCGAAUCAGAUCAAAAACCAACAAUAAGUUGAUUUGUCUUAAUUCAGUGAGCUAUUGCUCUUCUUAUGCUCCAAGAAAAAUAUAAAAUGGGAAAUCUUUCAGACAUAUUUUUAUUCAGACUGCUCGAUAAAGAGACAAAACAAAGUUCUGAUAUAUACACAUAUACAUAUAUACAAAAAAACAUAUAUAUAUAUAUAUAUUCAAUUUAGAGAAAAAGAAACAAAUACAUAUGUACGAUAUUCUUUUAUAGAUAGAACGUGUCAAAAUUUCACGAGUUUGUUUAUCUUUUUAUUAAUUUUUUAUUAAUAUCUAAAGCUUUCAUGUUAACAAAAAAUUGGAAAAAAGAUUUUUUUUUAAUACUCAAUUAUAAAUAUUUCUGUAACUCAAAUUAAAGUCUUCUUAAAAAAAGAAUUAAAGUUUGCUCUGCACAAAAUUAGAUGAAGAAUAUAUAUGUAUAAAAUCUUGUUAGUUGUUUGUAUGCUACUCUUUUCUUCCCCCCACAAACAAAUUUAUAAAUAUUUCUCCUAUCUCAAAUUAUUUAUAAUUAAAAAACUAUUGAUAACAUUAUUUUCCAAAAAAGCAAAUUUAAAUUGGAAAAAAUGCGAAUAAAAGAAAAUGUAGAACUCCUUGCAAACACAUCUUUAUAUAUGCGUUAUAUACUGGAUGUUUUAGAACUUUUUGGCUGUACGAAAUGGUGUUUCUUUCAUCGAAAGGCUAUUUAACUAACUGAAAAAUUGCACAAAAGUAUUAAAUUAUCAUUAAUUUUUCAUUGUUUGAAUUAUCUUCAAUUCAGUAACACAUUUAUUAAACUUUUAUACAAUAUUAUUGUGAGU